AAGGCUCAGCAGAGCUGACUCUAUAUGUUCUCUCUCUCUCUCUCUCUCUCUCUCUUCAUGCUACUCUUCUUACUCCUAAUUUUACUUCUUUAGCCUUCUCAUGAUUCCUUCAGUUUGGCGUUGCUGAGGUUUCUCUUCUCUCUGUGGGUUUGCAACAAGUAAACUAUGUUCUGUGUUGCUCUUCUUGUUUCUAUCCUUGCCCUUUGACUUGUUAGAGCUAUAAUAUAAAUGGUUUUUGUUUUCUGGUUGCAAGUUUGAUUUUUGUCUACAUCUUUGGCUACAUGUUGUUAUUGGGGUAUACUCUACUUUUUGUUUUUAGAGGAGGGUCGAUUUUAUUUUAGCCGUUCCUUUUGCAAAUUUAUACUAUUUCCUUGUUUAUUUUGUAUAUGGUAAUUUUGAUCUAGUAAACUUGGAAUUCGCAUACUGUUCUUUUGUGUUUUCUCUCUGCCUUUUCUUUCUUGAAGAGAAAGGCCGUUUAGGACGAAAUAGCUCAAGGUAAAGGACUGUUGAUUGUAUGCAGUGAGUUCCUUAAAGGGAGUAAUAUGUUUUAGAAGAUAAAAUAUGGACUAGUGUCAUCAGUUUUAUAGGUAGGUUUUAGGACUGUGAAAGAUGGUUGAAUUUGGCGUUAUUAUGUAAGAACCAGUUUAAUUGAUUGUUCAAUAUAAAUGUGUUUUAGGAUGGACUUUAUCUGCAAUUCAUUUUAUUUCUGUAAUAUCAUCCUCUGAUCCACGUACUUUUAGUUCUAGGCAUAUAGAAAUUAUCACCAUCAAUUGAGACUCUUUGUUUUUAAAUUUUUUUUAUUUUUUAUUUUUGGUGAUUUUUGGCCAGAUAAUCAAGUAGAAUUUCAAGUUCAAAGUUUUAUCUGUACUCAUAUCAGACAUACAGGGACAGCUCUAAUUACUCUUCCAGCAAGUGUCUUGUGAUGGCUAUGGAUGUAAAAGGCAUAACUUGGGUUGGAAACAUAUAUCAGAAGUUUGAGAAUAUGUGUCUGGAGGUGGAAGAUGCGAUGUUCGAGGAAACUGUUAAGUACGUAGAGAAUCAGAUGCUGACUGUCGGGGAAAGUGUUAAAAAGAUCUAUUCAGAUGUCAUGCAAGAUUUACUUCCUCCAUCUAUAUACAAUUUGGAUGAAACACCAGCCUUUGAAUUGCCUAUUGACCAAUAUACUGAUGCUGGAUUCUCUAAGAAGUCAUUUCAAGGUUCCAAGAAAAUAACUGUAAAGGCUGAUACCAACCAAACAACUGAGGAUUCAAGGAUCAAUCGUGAUGUUUAUGAUGAUGUAAUCCAUACUGAAUCAUGUGAUACUGAUACUUUAUUCAUGUCAGCUUCUUGUAAUGCUGACAAAGGGAAUAGUUUAAUUUCACAUGCCAGACAAUAUGUUGGGAGCUCAGAUGUUGAAUCAAACCUUGCUAGUUAUGAAAAUCAACACAACAAAAAUAUGUCUACAUCCAAGGCAGUCAGUGAAAUCACUUUAUCAAAAACAGAUACAUGCAGUACAUUACAAGCGUGUGAGCUCUCCAAUGUAAAUCAACACCAUGUGGCUACUGUUUCAAAGCCUGCUUCUGCUGAAGAACCAGCCAUUGCCUCUGUAGCAGACCGUUGCAAUGAAAUUGAAAAUGCCGAUACCAAAGAAAUCCCCCGUGUUCUGAUAUUGGUUAAAUCAGCUGAAGGGAAAGAGAUGAAUACAAGUUCAAAUUCCAGUGUCCUUUUUGGAGAUCCAAAUGAGGUCACCAUGGUCGGAACAAUGCAGCCUGACGAUUGUUCUUAUAACACAAGCAUUGUGUCUCAUCCAGGAACCCGGAGUUUGGAUGUUCCAAAGAUUGAUACAGUUAUAGAGCAUGACCAUAAAGCCAUACAACAAGAUGAAGAGCUGAAGCUCGAGGAAACAUGUGUUAUGGUGACUAGAGAUGAACUUCAAUCUGUUCCCACUGCAGGGGGUAAUCUAAUAAAUAGCAAGAACAAGAGGCGGCAAUCCUUUUCUUUAUCCAAGAAGUCUGCAAGGAAGCAAGAGUAUGAGGAGCUUGCAAUAUGGCAUGAGAACAAUGAAAAAGAAAAGGGUGAUAGCGUGGAGAAUUUUUGUCCAACUUUACCGGAAGAUCAAAAGAAGUUACUGCUUCUUGAUAUUUCUGAACCUGAGUGGGAGCUUCUCUAAAUAGUAAAUACUGGCAUGACUAAGUUGUGUGGAUACACAACCCUUCAGAUUUUACAUCCACUUAUUAGUCCUUAUGGAGAUUGAGGUGCCCUAUUGCAACAAAGAUUCAAUGUCCCACAAUAUCUAUUAUGUUACUACGUCUGUUUUUACUAUCUCUAAAAUUCCCUUUCCCAUCCUCUCUUCAUCUUACCUUAAAAACAGAUAAAAACAAAAAAAGAAGGCUUUGUUGACCAUUCAAUUGAGAAACCCCAAAUAGAGUGGUUAAAGUAGCUUGGAUCUAAUAUAUAUGGAGUACUGAAUGCAGCACAUUUUCUCCGUUGACAAUGUCCUUUCUGAUUGACUUCCAAGUUUAGAUACAGUAUAUAUAUAGAGAGGGGAUUUAAAAUGCUUUGUCAUGAAUGAUAAAUAUCUUCUGUUGGUUUUUUCUUUGCACUUUUUCACGAGAAAUAAUUUAGAAUUACGCAUGUGUACU